AUGUCGACACCACAGCAACAACAGGUUACUGGCAAAAAGCCAUGGGUGAUGAAUGCUUUUGCCAUGGCGGCACCUGGUCACCUUGCACCUGGCCUUUGGAGACACCCGGAUCAGGAGCCACAAACACUCGAGCAUUGGAUUGAAUUGGCGAAGAAGCUCGAUGAGGCAAAGUUUCAUGGCAUCUUCUUCGCCGACGUUCUCGGUAUAUACGAUGUAUACCAAGGAAACGGCCCCGCUCUUUCGUCUGGAGCUCAAAUCCCACAUUUGGAUGUCUCGUAUAUGAUAGCGGCAAUGGCAGCGGUCACCAAAAAUAUUUCCUUUGGUAUCACUGCAUCGACGUCAUAUGAACAUCCUUACACGGUGGCGAGGAAAUACAGUACACUCGAUCAUCUCACGAACGGAAGAGUUGGCUGGAAUAUUGUCACAAGCUAUCUAGAAAGUGCAGCAAAGUCGUUUGGUCUCGAGUCGACAGUCGAGCAUGACGAACGCUACAACGCAGCCAACGAGUUUAUGGAAGUUGUCUACAAGCUCCUCGAAGGCAGCUGGGAAGACGACGCUGUGGAAGCCAACAAAGCUACCGGAAUCUACACAAACCCAGAAAAGGUGCAUGCCAUCAAUCACGCUGGGAAAUACUUCAAAUCCAGGGGUCCCAAUCUCGUUCACCCAUCUCCUCAGCGAACCCCGUUUCUUCUACAAGCUGGCGCAAGUAAAGCCGGCAAACAUUUCGCAGCAUCUCAUGCCGAGGCCAUGUUCCUUCCAGGCAUGAUCCCCGAGAAGACGCGAGCAAUCGUAGACGACGUCAAAAAAUCUCUAAUUGAACUCGGUCGAGCCGCAGACAGUGUGAAAUUCAUCGCAGGGAUAUUCAUCGCCGUAGACGAAACCGACGAGAAAGCCCAAGCCAAAUUCCAAAACCUGCUCCAAUACGCCGAUCUCGAAGGAACCGCUUCCCUCUUCGGUGGAUGGACGGGAACCGAUCUGUCAACCUUCACCGAAGACGAGGAUUUUCAAUUCACGGGACCCCCGGCGAUUCAAUCCAUGAUCACCGCCUGGACGGCCACGGUACCGGGGACCAAAGGACAGAAAUGGACCAAGAAGACUGUUCUCGAACAACUUGCCAUCUCCGGCGCGCAUCCCCGAGCGAUUGGUUCGGCCGAGACGGUUGCUGAUAUUAUGGAGCAUUGGGUGAAUAAAGCUGGAGUGGAUGGUUUCAAUAUCAGUUAUGCGACUACCCCGGGAACGUUUGAUGAUCUGAUCAAGUACUUGUGGCCGGAAUUGAAGAAGCGAGGGGUGUUGCAGACUGAAUACCAUGGAAGCAGUAUGAGGGAGAAUUACCUCCAGGACGGCCGGGGACCUCGAGUGAGAGAAGGACAUCCUGCGAGGAAGUUCAGAGAUUUGAAAACAUAA